UAUAUAUAUAUAUAUAUAUAUCAAGGAACAAGAUCAUGUAUCCGAAAAAGUAUACAAUACUUGUUGCCCUAAUUCUUUUAUUGCUUUCAGGCAUAUUUGUUCAGUAUUUGAUACUAUCACCUAAUAGACACACAAAGAAAUAUACAUUCCAAACUUAUAAUAAUCAGAUACCAACUCGUAUAAAGAACAUUGACUUGACACCACCCCUUUCUUCUUUAUUAUCUUCACCUCCACUUCCAUCCAAGACAGUGAUACCUGAAGCAUGUCAAGGAGUAGAUUUUAAAUGGCUUGCUUCUGAUAGAAAGUAUUGGGAUGGUUGGUCCUCUAAAGCCAUGUUUAUGAAAAAGAAUGGUAAAUUUACUCGAAAACCCGUUCAAAUGAACCAAGGUGAAUCUGUUUGUGUUGCAGUCUUGUUGGGACCUGUUCCAGCCUUGUCGAUUAUUAAAGCCAUGUCACACUAUGGACCUGCAGAUUCAAUUAUGAUGACAGCUGUUGAUACAAAGGGUACAAGAGUCCCUAUUGUAUUAAAGCAACACGAAAAACAGACCAACAGUUAUUUUGCUUCUGUCCAGUUUUCGUUUUCGGGCACUUGGCGCCUGGAAACUUCAGUAGAAUACCGUUCUUAUUUCUGGGAAUAUCCUAAUUUCCAUAAAUAUCUGCCUAAUCGAUUUCAAUCAGAAAACAGUUUGAUUGUCCGCCCAAAACAACAGCCGGUACAUACUUGCGACUUGUUGAAUGGUUCUUUGAUGAACAGUGCCUGGAAAAAGAGUGGCAAGAAAUAUGACUUUAUGCCCCCUUGCAAAUUAUUAGACAACGAAUGCUCCAGCAAAUACAAAACGAUUCAUAUGUGGGGUGAUAGGCAUUUAAAGAGAAACACAUUAAGCAUGCUAAAUCGUAUUCCUGCCAAUAGCAAUAUCUGUGGCCAAGAUGAAGAACAACAACUUAAAUCCCCGCUUACAUUACCUAAUCAAUCGCAGCAAAUUUAUUUCGACCAGUUAAACAAAACUGUGGUAGAAAUGCUGGGUGCAUGGAAAAUGCAUAUUCAAAACAAGAAACGUCAAUUACCAAAAGCAGAUCUAGUCCUGAUUGGCAUUGGCAAUGAAGAUUUGGGAAGUAUUCGCCAAGACCCAACUGAAUUUGCCGUUUAUUUCCACUCAUUCUUGACUUUUUUAAAAGAAAAAGUGUACUCUAAACAAACCAUGAUCAUCAAGACAACACAAGCUAUUUCUGGAAAGUUAAGCCACGGUUACAACUAUGGUCGUAGUGAGGCAUAUGCUAACAUCAUAAGAACAAGUGUCUUAUCUUUCAAUGAUAGCAAGGUCAUAUUAUGGGAUACAUACCAACUCGGUCUAGAGGAAAACCAAUGUUCAGAUAUAACAAGCAAUAGUCAGGUUGUUCGCCUCGAGAAUAGAAUGCUUUCCCACAUCCUUUGUCAAUUAGAAUAAACACUUCUGUCACGUGAUUAUGUUACGCACAGGAGAAAACACCCUUUCCUUUUUUU